CACCGCUAUAGUGCGAUCGUGCAAAAAAGCUACGUCAUGCUGUGCUUUCAUCUUGAUUUUCUAGAAGAGUGUCUUCAAUUUCGGACACUUACGCGGUUAACGCUACCCGCAAAAAGUGAAUGAGGAAGACGCUCACGUGCACACGUGGGCACGGGGUUUGCGCAACGCAUAUAUGAAAGAGCCUAAAUAGUUGCUUAGAAGCUGCCCGCGUUGUUUUUAACACCAUUCGCGUUUCAUGGACGAUAUCUGUGCAAUCUGACGCCCUGUUAUCACGCUGCACACCAUGGACUCCUUGCAGGCAUCGUGGAUGACGUCGUGGCUUCCACUGCGAGACAGCAGGUCAGAUGGUUGGCUUCUCACCGGCAGCCCAUUCCCCAUUGCCACGAUCACCGUGUCGUACGUGUACUUCGUCAAGGUGUGCGGGCCCCGUUGGAUGCUACACCGCAAGGCCUACGGCCUUCGACCGGUGAUAUUGAUCUACAACUUCCUGGCCAUACUGCUCAGCCUGUUUUUCCUGGGGAUGUUUUGCAAGUAUGCGUACUGGGACAUGGGCUACACAGUCCUGCAGGACGUUGACCGGAGCACCGCGCCAACAAGCCUCAAGAUUGUUAGGUUAUCGUGGUGGUUCUACAUGUUCAAAGUCACAGAACUGCUGGACACUGUGUUCUUCGUUUUGAGGAAGAAGAACAGUCAGAUAAGCGGCUUGCACGUCUUCCACCACGUUGUGGUUGCGUGGAACAUGUGGCUGUGCGUCACUUACGGAGGACAGGCCCACUCCAUGUUUAUCGUUUGCCUAAAUUCUUUUGUGCACGUGGUCAUGUACACUUACUACUUUCUGUCCGCCCUGGGGCCAGCUUAUAGAAGAUAUUUGUGGUGGAAGAAAUACCUAACCAUGCUUCAAAUUGUCCAGUUCAUCUUGCUGCUGCUGCACAGUUUUCUGGUAACCUUUAGCAAGGGCACCUACGAGCCUCUGUUUUCCUACUUGAGCUUCUUGCAAGGUUUCGUGUUUUUCACCUGGUUCAUGUAUUUCUACAUCCGAGCGUACACGAGAAGAAGUGGUGCCAGAUUGGCUCAGGAAAGCACAGCGGAGAAGAAACGCAUGUGAGAGACUGACAUAAAGCUGUGAUCUCAGUGUGGAUUUAUACCUCCAGGCGAAUAAACCAUCUUCUACCACGCUUAAUUCUUAAGCACUUCCUACAGCAAGAAACGCGGGCGAAUUAAGUUGCGGGAGCCUAACUGAACACGUCUUUAGAACCGACCCUGAUGGGCAGAGUGAUAUCAAAGGUAUGUUGCGGAUUUUGUAAAAUCAAGUGCCUCUGCGGAAGCCGAAGCAGUACGAAAACCUGACCUGAUACAUGGAACUCGUAUUCUUUACCUUUCCGUGUGUGUGUGUUUUUUUUUCACUCUUGCAUUUAGUUAAUAAAAAAUAUCAGAUUGCA